AUGGAGGGAGUUAACAGACUCUGCUCGUGCAGGUUUGAGCCGCUGGUCGAUGUGCCAGUGCCAGAGAAGGCUGUCGUGUGGACUUCGAACAAUUACUACGAUGGCUCAGGCUGGGUGGGUUUGACAGACCGGGAUAAGUUGUCGCUAAAACCUACACUCUUUAAAGACCAUCGCCUGCUUUUUCUAGAGCCAGUUGAAGGCGUCUGCGAAGCGUUUAGCACUGUCCAGUCAGGCAAAUAUGACGUCAAGUGCUGGAGCAAGCACGGGUGUCACUUGGGCAUAGAGGGGGACAAGAACGUGUUUCUGUUGACUCCAACUUUGCGAGAGGUUGCGGUGUAUUCUCAUCCGGAGCGUUUGCCGGCUUUCCCUAAGGCUUGGAAGCCGCUGCUGUUUACUGUGAACGCUUCUUUGAUAGCUUUUCGGCUGACAGACAAGGUGUGUCUGAUAGUGACAAUAGACGAGAGUCAAACAGUGAAGAUACAGUGCGUGGACUACAACGCGGGCUUUGUGGUGUCUCACCCCUCAACAAAUGCAGCACUUGCUUACGGCGCGAUGGUAGUGAAGGGGUUUGAUGCGCUGCCUAACUGCGAGGUGAUACCGCACAUAAACUGCGCCUCAGGCGACUGGGGCUUCUUCGUGCAGCUGUUUCAGUGGGGGUCUUUUGUCAUUCCUAAGUCGGUAGACCUGACUCGGCCUACAUCGAUCUUGGGCCUCGGCCUUGGAAAGAAAGUAGACUGUCUUGGGGUUCUUCUGCACCCACCGAACAUUGUUAUUAUGGUGCAUUUAGAGUCGCCUAAGGUGCUGAGGGCACUGGAAUAUGGACGUGAUUAUCUCCUGACAGCGAUUAAAACAAGCGAAACAGACAUUGACAUCUACCUUAUCAUGGACGGCCAGAUGACGCGCUUCAACUACUCUUUUGACUUGAGAAUCAACAGGCCCGGGAAACCACAACACCACGACAAUGUCGCAUUCAAAUGUACACUCGAGCUCGAUGAUAAGAAGAAGUGCAACCGUUUCAUCUUCCAAAAUACUAAGUCGGCGUCUGUUGUUGUGCCCCAAGGCUGCCCCUCAGGGGAGGGAGACCACCUCGUCAACAAAACACUCAUUGCAGUCUUUGAUGCAGAAAUAUGCAUGUACCUCACCCAUCCUCCAGCCUUGAAGCUGUGCUCUGCCUUCGACACCGUAGCACUGCCGGUCGACUGA